AUGCAUUUAAGCUGGAUCUUACAACCUUAUAUAAGUCCUCCAAAAAAUUCAUAUUUUAGGGAGCUAGUUUGGGGUGAUUUGAACUUCAUUCACACAACAGAUACUCAUGGAUGGUACGCUGGCCAUUUAAACCAAAGGGCCUAUAGUGCUGAUUGGGGAGACUUCAUAUCUUUCACGGAAAACUUACACGAGCUAGCAAAGAAGAGACAUGCUGAUAUCUUGCUAGUUGAUACAGGAGAUAAACAUGAUGGCAAUGGGUUGAGUGAUGCGACGAAUCCAAAUGGUGACUUAUCUACACCUAUUUUCAAUGAACAAAAUUAUGAUUUAGUUACACUUGGGAACCAUGAGCUUUAUCAAGAAGACUACUCAACUCAAGAAUUUCAAAUCACGGUGAAAAAUUUUGGUGAGAAAUACGUCAGUUCGAAUGUUGAGUAUAAAUUAGGUAAUGAAGAAUGGGUACCAUUUGGAAACAAAUUCAGAUAUUUUGAGACCACCAACAACAAGUAUAAGGUUCUUGCAUUAUCAUUCCUUUUCAAUUUCCCAAGAUAUAAUUCCAAAACACGAGUCUUCCCUAUUAAAGAGGCUAUUCAGCAAGACUGGUUCAAAAACUUGACUUCCAGAUAUUCAGAAGAUGAUAUUGACGUGCUAGUCGUUUUUGGUCAUAUACCUGUGACAGGUUUUGAAGAGGAGGAAAUUAUUCAUUUGCAUGUUGCCUUGAGAAGGUUGUAUCCAAACUUGGUUAUUCAAUAUUUUGGAGGUCACUCUCAUAUCAGAGAUUAUGCUGUUUAUGAUCAUAAAGCAACUGGUUUGCAAAGUGGCCGAUACUGUGAGACUGCUGGUUGGGCUUCGCUCAAUUUCACAGGUGAAUACAAGCUAAAACCUAAAUUUUCCAGAAGAUAUAUCGAUUUCAAUAGAGAAAGUUUUAUUCAUCACUCUAAUUCUGACAAAGAUAACUUUGAUACUGAAAAGGGUUUAUCAAUUUCAAAGAAGAUAAGAAAGACAAGGCUGGAUUUGAAUCUUACAGUUAGUCAUGGAUACGUACCUAGAAACUACCUUAUGAAUGAACACCCAUAUGGCCAUCCAUCAAACCUUUAUACCUUAUUAAACAGCACCAUUUUACCUUUAUUAGAGAGCUCAAUUGAUAGACAAACAGAAAAGUACAAUAGAAUCAUAUUGAUAAACUCUGGUAGUAUUAGAUAUGACUUAUACAAGGGUAAUUUCACAACUGAUACAGAGUUUACCAUCUCUCCGUUUCAAAAUGAUUGGAAUUACAUAAAACUACCAAAAGCUUUAGCAUUAAGAUUGAAACAUUAUUUGAAUCAACAAGAGUUUUUCAUUAAAUCUGGUACUGAUUUGGCUGGUCCUGAGAAAAGAGGUGUACUGAAUAAAAUGGCCAGAGAAAAACAAUUCAAAUCCUUAACAACGAGUGAUCGUUUGUCAUGUUCAUUUGUGAAGGAUCCAAAUUUUAGAAAAGGUCAAACAACUAGUGAUGAUCACGGUUGUGAUGGGGAUGACGUUUUCCAUAAUUCAGUACUUUACUAUCCAUCCCCCAAUGUUGUUCAAACUUAUCAAGAGUUUAAUAAAGAAAGUGAUGAAGUUGAUGUUGUUUUUUAUAGCUUCAUCAAACCUUACAUCAUCUCUGCAAUCAAUGCCCUUAAUAAUCACAAUGGAAAGAAUUUCACUAAUGAUGAUGUUGAAUACUAUGGGGGUGAAAGUACUGGAUCAUUGCUACGCACAUACAUUAAAGAAAACUGGUCAUGA